GGGGGCGGGGCGGGGCUCUGAGGGGCACGGUUCAGGGCCCGGCCGCCGGGGCUCCAGGGUCCCGGGAACCUGGAUAAGUAGGAACGGCUGCCGCGGCGCCGGGGGGUGCGGGGUGGAGCGUGCCCUGUAUUUUCUAUACGGGUUCCGGGGCCCGGUAGAGGCGCGCCGCGAGGAGAGGAAAGUGCGGCGGCCCUGGAACCUGGAUAUCGCGCGAGGCAAGCUGCGCGCGGGCGGGCGGGCUAUGGCGCAGGCGGGUUGCGGGGCCGGCGCUGGUGGCGGGGCCCGGUGCAUGGCGGUCUGUCGGCGGAGUCGCCCUCGGGGGCUGUCAGACUUGUGACCCAGAAGGAAAUCUCUGACCUUAGCCGUGGCUGUUGGUGCUGGCCAGAAGCCAACUUCAUGUCUGAGUGUACGAGUAGCAGUUUGCCAUGGAGAGCUUGGGGCUGCAAACGGUGACCCUCAGUGAUGGGACGACAGCCUAUAUCCAGCAAGCUGUCAAAGGAGAGAAGCUGCUUGAAGGGCAAGUGAUCCAGCUCGAGGACGGGACCACCGCAUACAUUCACCAAGUGACGGUGCAGAAAGAACCUCUCUCCUUUGAGGAUGGACAACCUGUACAGCUGGAAGAUGGCAGCAUGGCCUACAUACACCGCACACCCAAAGAGGGCUAUGACCCCAGUGCCCUGGAAGCCGUCCAGCUGGAAGACGGAUCCACCGCCUACAUUCACCACCCCGUGGCUGUGCCACCAGACAGCGCCAUCCUGGCCGUGCAGACGGAGGUGGGCUUGGAGGACCUGGCCGCGGAGGAUGACGAGGGCUUCAGCGCAGACACAGUGGUGGCCCUGGAGCAGUAUGCCAGCAAGGUCCUGCAUGACAGCCAGACUCCCCAUAACGGCAAAGGACAGCAGGUUGGGGACAGAGCAUUCCGCUGUGGCUACAAAGGCUGUGGGCGUCUCUAUACCACUGCUCAUCACUUAAAGGUGCAUGAAAGAGCUCAUACGGGUGAUCGUCCAUACAGGUGUGAUUUCCCUAGCUGCGGAAAGGCCUUUGCCACAGGGUAUGGGCUGAAGAGCCACGUGCGCACCCACACCGGUGAAAAGCCGUAUAAGUGCCCAGAGGAGCUGUGCAGCAAGGCCUUCAAGACCUCAGGUGACCUGCAGAAGCACGUCCGGACCCACACCGGUGAACGCCCAUUCCGGUGCCCCUUCGAGGGCUGCGGCCGCUCCUUCACCACAUCAAAUAUCCGCAAGGUACACGUGCGCACCCACACAGGCGAGCGGCCCUACACCUGCCCCGAGCCCCACUGUGGCCGCGGCUUCACCAGCGCCACCAACUACAAGAACCACGUGCGCAUCCACACAGGGGAGAAGCCAUACGUUUGCACGGUCCCAGGCUGCGGGAAGCGCUUCACCGAGUACUCGAGCCUGUACAAGCACCACGUGGUGCACACGCACUGCAAGCCGUACACCUGCAGCGCGUGCGGCAAGACCUACCGACAGACCUCCACGCUGGCCAUGCACAAGCGCAGCGCCCAUGGCGAGCUGGAGGCCACGGAGGAGAGCGAGCAGGCCCUGUACGAGCAGCAGCAGCUCGACGCCGCCUGCGCAGCCGAGGAGAGCCCGCCACCCAAACGCCCCCGCGUUGCCUACCUCUCGGAGGUGAAGGAAGAGGGCAGUGACAUCCCAGCCCAAGUGGCCAUGGUGACCGAGGAGGAUGGGGCCCCCCAGGUGGCUCUGAUCACUCAGGAUGGUGCCCAGCAGGUCAGCCUGUCCCCGGAAGACCUGCAGGCCCUGGGGAGUGCCAUCAGCAUGGUGACCCAGCACAGCAGCACCACCCUCACCAUACCCAGUGAGGACGAUGACCUGGCCACGUCUGGCACACAUACGGUCACCAUGGUCAGCGCUGAUGGCACCCAGACGCAGCCCGUUACGAUCAUUACCUCUGGGGCUGUGGUGGCUGACGACUCAAGUGUAGCAUCCCUUCAUCACCAACAGGUGGCACUGUUGGCCACAGCCAACGGAACACACAUCGCGGUGCAGCUGGAGGACCAGCAGACCUUAGAGGAGGCCAUCAGCGUGGCCACUGCUGCCAUGCAGCAAGGGGCCGUGACCCUGGAGUCCACAGAGUCAGAGAGUGGCUGCUGAGUCCCCAGGGGCUGGAUUCCACACCGUGUCAGAGGAGGGGCCAUGCCACACAGGCAUCCCUGCCUCCCAGGGCCCGGGCUGCGGCCGACACUUGGAAGGUGGCCACAGAGGUCUCCAGGGAGAGACGGCAGCAGGAAAACAGCCUCACUGAAGGGGAUGACGGGGCCCUGCCCCAGAGGAGGGCUGCGCAGCUGGAAUCGGAGGAGUGCAUCAUCCAUAGGAGCUGAAGAGGAAAAGCGGGUCACCAGGCUGCCCUGGGGCAUCCCCUCCUCAGAAUCAGCUGGGUGCCCACUCUCCUCCCUCCAGAGAACACCCUUCCUACCCUCGGUCCACCCCCCUUCUCAGGUGGCAAUUGGGACUGCUGUGGGGACUGGUCCUCUGUUCUGACUGGUCAUUGCCCACCAGGGGAAGGGGCCGACAGCUCUUCAGCCCAGUAGGAGCAGAGCAGGCCCAGCCCUGCUUCUCCCAGCAAUAACCACCUCCCUGGAAGCCUGCCAAGGUGCCUGGCCACUUGGCAGCAGGGUUUCCUGCCACCAUAGAACCGCUCAGGGGCCUGUGGCUGGAGAAAAGGUGCCCAGCCCCACCCACCCCAGCCACCCCCUCUCCUCUCUGUGGCAGAGAGGCAGGGAGCGGCCUUGUACAUACUGGGGAUUGGGUUUAAUUUGUUUUGGUUUGUUUUUUUAAAUUCCGUUUUGAUAAUUUUUUUCCUGCUCUGGUUGGUGGUGGCAAAUGGGUGAAUGAGUAUUUAAUAAAAGUUCCAAGUUUCCA